AAUACAUCAAUUAUAACACAUCGCUUCGAUACAACCUCUAUUCAUCUAAUACGCACUUACCCGGUGGAUCAAAACAACACUACACAAUUUGUCAACUAAACAAAAAUAUGGCACACUUUUGUUCAAAGAUUUUUGCAAUCACUGUGGUAUGCAUUUCUUAUUGUAAAUGCCGAUCUACCAUAGUCGACAUGACGUAUGAUUUGUUCAACGGGCUUCCGCAGUGGCCUGGGAGUUUGCGCUACAAGUUGACGGUAGUACAAGAGGGGCCAUUCCGGGACAAUACAUUCGCUGCUCAAAAUGGCCUAGAGAUGACAGAACACACUGGGACACAUAUUGAUGCCCCGUAUCAUAACAAUAAAUCUGCGUGGAAAGUGAACGAAAUUCCUUUGGAUCGUUUAAUCGGGCCAGCCGUUGUCCUUGAUAUCCGGGAAAAGGUCGAGAACACCCCACCUGGUCAAGAUGCAACCGUUGACAUCACCGAUGCUAUGAUUUGGGAGGAGAAGUAUGGCGAGAUUCCAAACGGAGCAAUUGUUAUUAUGCACUCUGGUUAUGGUAAAAAGUGGCCAAAUGCGACAGCGUUUCUUGGUACUGAUAACAUACAUGAUGUCACGACAUUGCGUUUCCCUGGAUUCGGCCCACAGUUGGCUGAAUGGCUUGUCAAGGAGCGCAAUAUAAUUGGAAUCGGUGUGGACACAGCAAGUACAGAUCCAGGAAGUGUCUAUUUAUAUUACACAGUACAUAAUAUUAUUUCCGCUCAAAAUGUCUGGGGCUUGGAAAAUAUUGCCAAUAUUGAUCGCAUUCCUGUCUACGGCGCCAAAAUGUUCGUGAUGCCAUUGAGGAUCAGAGGUGGGACGGGCUCUCCGGUGAGGGCCUAUGCAAAGUGGAACCCAAAGAAAUUAGCGCUUAAAGAGCAGCUUAGGUUGAGGCAAACAACUGAAUCGGUGAACUAAGCACAUCUGUCCAACCGUCGCUGUGUUCAUUUAUAUACAAAUAACCCCAUUUCAAAGGGCAAUAUUGAGCAAGCAUUUCAUUCUAUGGAGAGCAAUACCUCAUCUUCCAAUGAUUUUUGCAAUUUGACUUGUAUUAAACCGCUUCAAAAAUCAUUGAAAGUGCAACACUCAUUGCCCGAAGGUAAAAUGAAAUAUUUGUUUUAUUAUAUCGCUGUAAGACAUUCUCUACGAUCACUCUGUAUUUCAAAUCAAAUACAAUACAAUACAAUAUUUGUUCUAAUCUUUGAACAUUCAUUUUAUCCAUAAAUAUAUCAUAAACACAUAAGUUAACAGAAAUAAGCACUAGUAUCACUGCAUAAGUCACUAUUAUUUUCG